CUACUAUAAUUUUUCUACGUUGCAGAUUAAAAAUGAAUAUCUUGAAUUGCAAGUUUAUCAAAUUUGUAAAAUAUACCAUUGAACCAUCAAGUUCUAUUAUUAGAACUAUAGAAACUUUGACAACAGAAAUCGAGGAGCAAGAGUGGUCGCAGUGUCGUCCUUAUGCCGAAAUUCCUGGUCCCAAACCAAUUCCCUUCUUGGGUAACACGUGGCGAUUUAUACCAUAUAUAGGUAACUUCGAGAUCCAGGCGGUAGAUCAAGUGUCGAAGAAAUUAUAUAAAGAGUAUGGAGAUAUUGUGAAAAUAGAAGGUCUGUUAGGUAGACCGGAUAUGGUUUUCAUCUACGAUGCAAACGAAAUCGAGCGUAUCUUUCGGCAAGAAGAGAGGAUGCCAUAUAGACCUUCGAUGCCGUCGUUAAAUUAUUACAAACACGUGCUUAGAAAGGAGUUCUUCAAAAAUAAUGCCGGCGUAAUCGCUGUACAUGGUGAGAGCUGGUACAAUUUCCGGAGCAAGGUGCAACAAGUAAUGUUACAACCACGAACAGCAAGAAUGUACAUUAGCGCUAUCGAGGAAGCGAGUCUAGCAUUUCUUCGCAGAAUUAGAAGAAUACGGGAUGAAGAUGACGAGGUGCCUGAUGAUUUUCUAAAUGAAAUACAUAAAUGGUCACUAGAAUCUAUUGCUCGUGUUGCAUUGGACGUUCGAUUGGGUUGUUUGGAUGAUGAUGCUAAUGUCAAAACUCAGCAAUUAAUUGACGCAGUUACAAUAUUCUUUAAGAAUGUCGGAGUCUUAGAAUUAAAGAUUCCAUUCUGGAAAUUAUUCAAUACACCUACGUGGCUGCAAUAUGUGAACGCUCUCGACACCAUAGUAAAUAUAACGUCUAAAUACACGGCGGCUGCUCUUUCAAGGAUAAAAGAAGUAGAGAAAUCUGAUAAGGAACAGUCUCUUCUGCAAAGAAUCUUGGCUCUUGAAAAUGAUACUAAAUUGGCUACUAUCCUUUCUCUUGAUUUAUUUUUAGUUGGCAUUGAUACAACUUCCAGUGCGGUAGCAUCAACUUUGUAUCAAUUAGCUUUGCACACUGACAAGCAAAAUCUCGCUUAUGAGGAAGUCUGUAGCGUGCUACCAGAUAAAGAUAUGCAGCUUGAAGGGACGCAUUUGGAUAAAUUGAAAUAUUUAAAGGCGUGCAUUAAGGAAACUCUUAGGAUGUAUCCAGUGGUUAUUGGUAAUGGACGAUGUAUGACUAAGGACACAAUAAUCAAGGGAUAUCGUGUACCAAAAGGCGUACAAGUAGUUUUCCAACAUUACGUAAUAAGUAAUCUUGAGAAGUACUUUCCACGCAGCGAGGAAUUCCUUCCAGAGAGAUGGUUGCAAAGUGACGGUGUGUACCACAAAUUCGCAUCGCUUCCUUUCGGUUAUGGAAGGAGAAUGUGUCUCGGUCGACGUUUCGCCGAACUUGAGAUGCUCGUUGUUAUUAGUAAGAUUUUGCAACGUUACAAGAUAGAGUAUCAUCACGAGAAAUUAGAGUAUUACAUCAAUCCUAUGUACACGCCUAAAGGAUCCUUAAAUUUAAAAUUUAUUGACAGAUAAUAAUUUUUAAAUGUAUGUACAAACGAUAUGUUUUUCCUUUAUUUUUUAUUGCCUUUAUUGCUAUAAAAUCAAAAGGAUACUGUUUUAUAUGAUCACUAUCUUUGAAGUACUUUGAAUUUGAGUUCACCGUCGGGAGCGUACAUAAAUGUAA